AAGUUUUAACAUACAUUCAGGAAUGUGAGCAGUCUUUAGUUGGUUUUGGCCUGUGGCUCUGUUAAUUUAUUAACCUCAUCACUUCCUCUCACCCUCUGGCCUGUCCUAAUUUAAUUUAGGACAUCUCAGAAUUUUUCUGUUGUCAAACGGUUAAUACUUUUUGAGCACUUACUAUGGAGUCAAGCAUUUUAUCUUAUUCUCACAACAAUCUCAGGCAUUUGAUACUAUUACUAACCCAUUUUUAUAGACGGUGAAGGAGAAACAAAGUACUAACCAAGUGACGGGCCAAGGUUACACAGAGUUAGAGUAGGGUUCCCCAUCUUCUUUGAGACUGAAGGCAGGGACUCUCAGGCAUACCAGUAAGGACAGUGGUUUUGGAAAGUACAUUCUUGUAAGGAAAACUCUGAGACUAGAGAUAAAGCUUAAGUUCUCCUUGCCUCUCCCCAUUCCUAGCAGUCUCUGCCCCAGGGUGCGCUCCUUUCCAACCCUGUUCCUAGGCAUACUAUAUGUCCAUAAACAUGAUUUUUGACAGGAGAGGCUUCCCGUACAUAUGUUGUACAAUUUGCUUCUUUUCCCUUAGCAAAAUGUAUUGAACAGUACUGUUUCCUGCUGUACAUACAGUUCUACCUGGUUCUAACUACCGAAUGGUAUUCCAUUGCAUGGAUGUGUCGAGUUUAUUUCUCCAGUACCCUAGAGAGAGUUUCUAAUUUUCCGCUAUUACAAACAAUGCUGCCAUUCACAACUUUUCCAAAAGUUUCGCAGAUCCUUUUCCCACUGCAGAGUUGGCAAGUUUGUCCGGAAGGACUCCCGUGCUGAAACCCCCGAAAGCACUACCAACUGCCAAUCCAACGGUAGCUGCUUCUCAGGCAAGGUCUAUGAUUCCGCCCCCCACCUCCACAACCCGCAAGGAAUUUUUUUUUUCUCCGGGAAAAAAGCAUCUGCCCCAGGUCCCAGGCUGGCGAUUAAGCAAACCCAAAACCUGAAACCUCUAGUCCCAGAAAACGAGCCUGUAUCUUUAAGAGGCAUUGGUUCCUUUGGGAGUUGUAGGUUUGCUGGCCAACUGAACCGCCUUCUCGCCUCAACUUCCAUCUCGAUCCGAAGACUCACUGCCGUUUUGGAAAGCGCUUCCUGCGUUCACUAUAUCCACUGGCCCGCGAUAGCUGAGAGUAGGUUUUUGGAAGAGGAUUAGCCAUGGCUGCCGGAGGCGUGAAACUACAUUUCCCAGGAUGCGUCGGGGAAGGACGCGCAGCACAGCGCUGAGAGCCCGCAGAACCUAGUACCCGGCGCAGACAGGAAGCCCCUCAACUUUGGCCAGAAUGGCACAGCCCAAGGGGGUUGAUUGGACGGUUAUCAUCCUGACAUGCCAGUACAAGGACAGCGUCGAGGUCUUCCAGAGAGAGCUGGAAGUGCGGCAGAAGCGGGAGCAGAUCCCUGCUGGGACGCUGGUACUGGCCGUAGAGGACCCUGAGACUCGUGUGGGCAGUGGAGGCGCCACCCUCAAUGCCCUGCUGGUGGCUGCUGAGCACCUGAGUGCCCGGGCAGGCUUCACUGUCAUCACAUCUGACGUCCUACACUCAGCCCGGAUCCUCAUCCUGCAUAUGGGCCGAGACUUCCCCUUCGAUGACUGUGGCCGGGCCUUCACCUGCCUCCCCGUGGAGAACCCCCAGGCCCCCGUGGAGGCGGUGGUCUGCAACCUGGACUGCUUGCUGGACAUCAUGAGCUAUCGGCUGGGCCCGGGUUCCCCACCAGGUGUGUGGGUCUGUAGCACCGAUAUGCUGCUGUCUGUUCCUCCCAACCCAGGGAUCAGCUGGGACGGCUUCCGGGGAGCCAGAGUGAUUGCCUUUCCAGGGACCACGGCCUACGCCCGGAACCAUGGUGUCUACCUCACCGACUCCCAGGGUUUUGUUUUGGACAUUUACUACCAGGGCACCGAGGCAGACAUACAACAGUGUGCUAGGCCUGAUGGGCGGGUGCCACUGGUCUCCGGGGUCGCCUUCUUCUCUGUGGAGACUGCUGAGCACCUCCUGGCCACCCAUGUGAGCCCACCCCUGGACGCCUGUACCUACAUGGGCUUGGAUUCCGGAGCCCGGCCUGUCCAGCUGUCUCUAUUUUUCGACAUCCUGCUAUGCAUGGCCAGGAAUGUGAGCAGGGAGGACUUCCUGGUGGGGUGGCCCCUGGAGGUGGGGCAAGGUGAUGCAGACGUCGCAGGCUAUCUACAGGGAGCCCGGGCCAAGCUGUGGAGGGAGCUUCGUGACCAGCCCCUCACCAUGGCAUAUGUCCCCGACGGCAGCUACAACUACCUGACCAGUUCGGCCAGCGAGUUCCUGCAUAGCCUCACGUUCCCUGAGGCUCCUGGGGCCCAGGUUGUACAUUCCCAGGUGGAGGAGCCACAGCUACUGGGGGCUGGGAGCUCCGUGGUCAGCUGCCUGCUACAGGGCUCUGUCCGACUGGAUCCUGGGAGCGUCCUGCAGCACUGCCACCUUCAGGGCCCCAUCCACAUUGGUGCCGGCUGCUUUGUGAGUGGCCUGGACAUGGCCCAGUCCAAGGCACUGCAUGGCUUGGAGCUGCAUGACCUGGUCCUGCAGGGACACCAUGUGCGGCUGCAUGGCACCCCUGUCCGUGCCUUCACCCUUGUUGGCCGUAUGGACAGCUGGGAAAGACGGGGGACAGGAACAUACCUCAACAUGUCCUGGAGUGAAUUCUUCCAGAAGACAGGUAUUCGAAACUGGGACCUGUGGGACCCAGACACGCCUCCUGUAGAGCGAUGCCUUCUCAGUGCCCGCCUCUUUCCUGUGCUUCACCCCUCGAGGGCCCUGGGGCCCCGGGACAUGCUGUGGAUGCUAGACCCCCAGGAGGAGGGGGGUGAGGCUCUGUGGGCCUGGCGGGCCUCUUGGCGUCUGUCCUGGGAGCAGCUGCAGCCGUGUCUGGACCGGGCUGCCACACUGGCCUCCCGCCGGGACCUGUUCUUCCGCCAGGCCCUGCAUAAGGCUCGGCACGUGCUGGAGGCCCAGCAGGACCUCAGCCUGCGCCCGCUGAUUUGGGCCGCUGUCCGUGAGGGCUGUCCUGGGCCCCUGCUGGCCACACUGGACCAGGUUGCAGCUGGCACAGGAGACCCUGGUGUAGCAGCCCGGGCACUGGCCUGUGUGGCAGACGUACUGGGCUGCUGGGCAGAGGGCCGAGGUGGUUUACGGAGUGGACCAGCUGCCAACCCUGAGUGGAUUCGGCCCUUCUCUUACCUGGAGUGUGGAGACCUGGCGCGAGGCGUGGAGGCACUUGCCCAGGAGCGGGACAAGUGGCUAAGCAGGCCAGCCUUGCUAGUGCGAGCUGCCCGCCACUACGAGGGGGCUGGGCAGAUCCUGGUCCGCCAGGCUGUGAUGUCAGCCCAGCACUUUGUCUCCACGGAGCCCGUGGAGCUGCCGGCACCUGGGGAGUGGGUAGUGGCUGAGUGCCCAGCGCGCGUGGAUUUCUCCGGGGGCUGGAGCGACACACCACCCCUUGCCUAUGAGCUUGGUGGGGCAGUGGUGGGCUUGGCUGUGCGAGUGGAUGGCCGCCGGCCCAUUGGGGCCAGGGCACGCCGCAUCUUGGAGCCCGAUCUGUGGCUGGCAGUGGGGCCCCGGCAGGAUGAGAUGGCCAUGAAGAUAGUGUGCCGGAGCCUGGAUGACCUGCAGGAUUACUGCCAGCCCCAUGCUCCAGGGGCCCUACUGAAGGCGGCCUUCAUUUGUGCGGGGAUCGUGAGUGUCCACUCCAAGCUCCCACUGAGUGAGCAGCUGAUGAGCACCUUUGGGGGCGGCUUCGAGCUGCACACCUGGUCUGAGCUGCCCCACGGCUCUGGCCUUGGCACCAGUAGCAUCCUGGCGGGCACUGCCCUGGCUGCCUUGCAGCGGGCUGCAGGCCGGAUGAUGGACACAGAGGCCUUGAUCCACGCAGUGCUGCACCUGGAGCAGGUGCUCACCACAGGAGGUGGCUGGCAGGACCAAGUGGGUGGUCUAAUGCCUGGCAUCAAGGUGGGGCGCUCCCGGGCUCAGCUGCCACUGAAGGUGGAGGUGGAAGAGAUCACUGUACCCGAGGGCUUUGUUCAGAUACUCAAUGACCACCUGCUUCUGGUAUACACUGGCAAGACCCGCCUGGCUCGGAAUCUGCUGCAGGAUGUGCUGAGGAGCUGGUAUGCCCGGCUGCCUGCUGUCGUGCAGAAUGCCUACAGCCUGGUGCGGCACGCUGAGCAGUGUGUGGAGGCCUUCCGCCAAGGAAGCCUGCCUCUGCUGGGCCAGUGCCUGACCUUGUACUGGGAACAGAAGAAGCUCAUGGCUCCAGGCUCUGAGCCCCUGGCUGUGCGGCGGAUGAUGGAUGUCCUGGCACCCCACGUGCAUGGCCAGAGCCUGGCAGGGGCAGGCGGAGGCGGCUUUCUCUAUCUGUUGACCAAGGAGGCGCGGCAGAAGGAGGCUGUGGAGGCCGUGCUGGCCAAGACGGAGGGCCUCGGAAACUACAGCGUCCACCUGGUAGAAGUGGACACUCAGGGCCUGAGCCUGCAUCUGCUGGGGAGUGAGACCUCAACCUGAUGCCCCUGCCCAUGAGGCAUGUCCCUCUGCAAGAGGAGAAAACCUGGAGCUCCAUCAGCCCCUCCCUUACGAGCACUCAGCCUCCAACUCCCCACCCGCCUCUUUGUGAAUCUGCUCCCAAAAGUAGCUGACCUGAGCUUGGGCCCAGCCCCUUUGGGAGCCUGGUGAAGCAGAGACCAUGCCUGGGAGCAGGACUCUGACCUCCUGGUUGACAGUGGCUUAGGCUUGGCCUCUGCUCCAUCUGGACAUAGGAAGGUCUUAGGACCUCAGUGUCCCUGUGGCCUUUACCAAUUCCAUGGCCCAGCUUGGGCCUUAACCUUCUCAUGCUCCACGAGGGCUCUGGAAGAAGGGGAUGACAACCAGAAGGGGAUGACAACCAGCCUUAGCAGAUGGCUGGGGUUCCUUGGUAAGGCUGACCUGAAGAGGCCCUUUGAGGCAUUCCCUGUGGCCUUCCUUAGAGGCCAGCAUUUGCCUGAGUAGAGACUUCAUGUUCAACACCCACUCUCAGGCUGACUUGAUGGGGAGUGGGAGCAGGGGUGGGAGUCCACCUCCACAUCCACGUCUAUGGCAGUGAGCCAGUGUGGUCCUACAGCAAGUCAGUGCCAACCCAGGCCUUAACCAGUAACACUAUGAUCUGUGCCACAUGACCCAUGUGCCUGUGAGCAGUGGGUUCUCAGGACUGCGACCUUCUUGGAAUAAAAUCACUUUGCCCUUCAA